ACGGGCGUGACUCACGGGCGAGGAGGGAACGUGAGGCCUCCUCACACAUGUGGGUGCUCAAGUCCCACAGAAGCCCGGGCACCUCGACCUCAAAAGGAUCGAGCCGGUCGGGGUGGCACAGCCCUUCCUUCCCUUGUGCACCCAGGAAGCUCGCUAUCAAGCCAGUACGCCCAAGGACAGCGUCUGCGUCCCAGUUCUGCUUUCUUAAGGAAAAGAGACCCAGGAAGAGAAAUUUGAAAGAAGCAGAAGUGGGCGAGGACUGCAAUCAAAUUGCAAUGUUUUUCUACGGCUGCUGAUGGGAAAAUGGAAGCUCAGGAAGGAUAAGUGAUUUGCACAAGGAUCCUCAGAUGGCGAUUGAAGGAGCAGGGAUUGAACCUCUGUCUGAUUCUGAGGCCUGGGCUCCUUACCCCUGCAUUACUGCCUCUAGCCAAGAGGACACCAUCUUUUAUUGUAUGAGAAAGGAGUAUCCCUGUUGCACACAGGAAAAAAAAAGAUGCUCCUCUGGAUGUUAGCCCUCCUGAUCUUCUGUGGCAUUCUGUGGAAUUACAAAGGACAACUAAAGAUUGCAGACAUCACUGAUAAGUACAUUUUCAUCACUGGGUGUGACACGGGCUUUGGAAACUUGGCAGCCAGAACUUUUGAUAAAAAAGGAUUUCGUGUAAUUGCUGCCUGUCUGACUGAAUCAGGAUCAGCAGCUUUAAAGGCAGAAACCUCAGUGAGGCUUCACACCGUGCUUCUAGAUGUAACAGACCCAGAAAACGUCAAGAGGACUGCCCAGUGGGUGAGGGAUCUAGUGGGGGACAAAGGCCUCUGGGGUCUGAUCAACAACGCCGGAGUCCUUGGCGUGCUGGCUCCCACUGACUGGCUGACAGUGGAGCACUACAGGGAGCCCAUUGAAGUGAACCUGUUUGGACUCAUCAAUGUGACAUUAAAUAUGCUUCCCUUGGUCAAAAAAGCCCGAGGGAGGGUUAUCAAUGUCUCCAGCAUUGGGGGUCGUCUCGCAUUUGGUGGAGGGGGCUAUGCCCCAUCCAAGUAUGCAGUGGAAGGAUUCAAUGACAGCUUAAGACGGGACAUGAAAGCUUUUGGUGUGCUCGUCUCUUGCAUUGAGCCAGGAUUGUUCAAAACGGAAUUGACAGAUCCAGUGAAGACAAUGGAAAAAAAACUCGCCAUUUGGAAACGUCUGUCUCCAGACAUCAAACAGCAAUAUGGGGAAGGUUACAUUGAAAAAAGUCUAAACAAAUUGAAAGGUACUACAUUCUUUGUGAAUAUGGACCUCUCCCUGGUGGUAGAAUGCAUGGACCAUGCUUUAACUAGUCUCUUUCCUAAGACCCAUUAUACUGCUGGAAAAGAUGCCAAGACCUUCUGGAUACCUCUGUCUCACAUGCCUGCAGUGUUGCAAGACUUUUUAUUGUUGAAACAGAAAGUAGAACUGGCUAAUCCCAAGGCAGUGUGACUCAAUCGACCACAACUGCCUGCCCCAGGCGAUGAGAUUGACUGAUUUCAAGAAGCGUCUCCUUUUCAAUCCCAUCCUAAUCCAACCUGGAUUCAUUUAGAUGAUCAUGCUUCUUUUGAUGACUGAAGGGGUCCCUCCAUCACUGGUGAUGUCUCAGAGUCCCUUCUCAAGCCUUCUUUGAAUUGAAGAGCAGGGGUGGCACAUCACACAGGCUUUGUCUGCUUGGAAUGAUGUAAGGGGAAUCAGAAGACUUUCCCAUUCAAAUUUAUCUCCACUAUGGGCAUACCCCAGGCCCAUAGUCCCUACCAUUUAGACUCACCUCUUAAAUGUUAAAUAAUUGUCCCCUCUCAAAAUAUUAAGAGAUUAAAUAGAAUACAUUCACAAAUGAAUUAGAUAUAUUAGGUUACCUUGCUGAGGACUGCAAACUCUAUUCUGGUAAGCUCUGAUGGGAACAGAAAAAGGGUGAGAAAUGAAGCAUUGUGGGACAAUGAUGUAAGCUAAGGGGACAGCAGAAACACAAUAGAUGGGAUUUUAAUUAGGGGGGAAGAAAAAGAGAGAAGAAGAGGACUGAAAAAAAGAAAAUGGAUAUACCAGAGAUAGGGAGAUUCCAAGACAAAUCAUCCUAAACUACAGGAUGUUACAGAGGUUAAACAUCCUAUUCUAGACCACACAGAUAUCUGGUGGAAAGAUGGAAAUAAUAGAGUAGCAGGAUACCAAUCUAGUUUAACUCCAAGAGAAGCAAAAAUGUAGGUGAUUUAUGUUUAUUCUAGUAAUUAUAAAAAUGACAAGCCUCAGAAUAAUGUCUGAUACAAUUCAUACCCAAGAUGGUUGGAACUCCUUCAUUUGAGGCAUCUCUGAGGCCCCAUGAAGAUAUGCAGCUGAAAUAAAAGACUCUUUAGCCUACAGCUACAGUGAAAUCAAGUCUGCUACUUGCUCAUAUUCCUGCUUCUAAAUUGGAUUGACCCUGAGCUCACAACCCAUCCAAAGAAAACAGUUCUCUAAAUUAAUGCUUCCCCAGAUUCCAGCAUCCAGAAUCACCCUCAAAGUUUUGCUGAAUAUUUACAUGAAAAAAUCUGUAGUCUCAGAAUUCAGCUUUUAUUGCAGAAUAAUAUAAUUUGAAAGAGCCAGAGAAAUCAUCUCGCAUGCACCUCUGCACACAUAUGUCUAAUUUACUGUGAAGAAAAUAUUUACUAUAUGCUUCUUGAACCAUGUCCAUUUGAAGGUACCAGUAAUUCUAUUCAUUUUCGUUCAUCCUUCUGGAAACGUCUGCUUAUGAGAUUAUUUCCUCUUUUUAAGUUUACAGCAUAUUGAUGACUCUGAAAAAUCAAAUUAUUGAUAAUGAGGGUCCACACGGACACUUGUUUCAUUAUUUUGAGGGAAGAUACAGUCAUCCUUUUUGUGCACCAAAAUGAAGAAAAUCAAAGCAACAAUAAGAAAAAUUCUCGGGCCAAGUUAGCUAAGCUAUUGUCCUAUCUACCUGGUCACUAUCUACCUGUGAAGUCAUUCAUCCAUCUUGGCCCUUUCCCCAGAGACAGUUCACCUGUAGAUCUCUGAUUUCACUUGGUUGCAGUUAAGCAUCUGUGGUUUGGAAACCCUCGCUCAGCCUGUCCAUGGAGCUAAAGUUCACCAACAUUGAACUUGAGUUCUGACAUCUUGUCUUCAUUUAAAAAUUUAUAAUCUGCUGCUCUCUGACUUCCCAGGCUUCCCAGGGCUGCCAAGACUUAAAAUCUACCAAGAACCUUCUUUGCUGAACUUCCAACCAUUCUAUCCACAUUAUUGGGCCUCCCUAAUUGUGUAUUUCCUUUGUUUUGCCUAGACCUGAAGUCUUUGCUCAUUUUUCAAAGUCGCUAUACUUUGCCAACUCCCUGUUUCAUCCAAACAAAAGUUCUCUCCUUAAAAAAAUGCCCCAAACAUGGUAUCUCCUCACAAUAAAACCAAAUAUACUCAAAAGCUUUUUUAACUAGAUUAAGGUGGGAUGUUUUGGCUAUAAAGGCAUAAGUCUGAACAGACCUGUGAGGUAGGGAGGUACUUUGGAAGGUCAUCACACCAGGAUUCUGAAGGCCUGGGUUCCUGGACUCCUCUCUACCUCACCAUCACCUCUCAUUCUCUAUGCUCUUGGGAAAAUAACUAUCAAUUUUUCAUCUAUAAAUAUUUUGGGGGACAUGUCAUGUGCUGGGCAUUCUGCUAAGUGCUGGCCCUACACUAAGAACAAAAUGGAUAUGGCACCUUCCCUCACAGAACUUAAUACUAAUCCAAAGGCUGAAGCCACUACUCCAGAUGCCUUGGAGAUGAAUUGAGAUGUUGUCUUCCACCACAUUUGAAUGGAGGAUCCUUCCUCACUUAGUUUGGAGGGAACAGGAGAAUCUUCCAGACCUUUCCUAAAAACUCAACUGCGUCCUCUAUAACUCUUCCUGGACAUGCACAAUAUAUCCAAAUCUGAAGUUUUAUAUACACCCCCACCCCGCCCCACCACCACCCCAUAUACCCCUUCCCCAGCUGAGCACCAACUACCAUCAAUUUUAUCUCCUAAAAAGGUCUUGAGUCCUUCUACUUCUUCUCAUCUCCACUGCAAUCUUCCAUUCAAGCUGCCAUCAUCUCUGGUCUCAGCUAUAACACAGUCACUCUUUCGCUCCUCAAGAUUUCUCCUCACUGCAGUCAGUAUUUUUCAGAUUUAAAAUCUGAUCAUUCUACUCUUUUCUCCACCACCACUUUCCUAAGCCUUCAGUGUCUUCACAUUGCCCUUUUGCUCAAGACUAAAACGUAUAAUAAAAAUUGUAUUAUCCUGGCACUCCUCAUUAGCCUCAUUUUAGGCCACUGUCCUCCUCAUUUUAUCACUUCAGGUUUUUGCCCAUGCUCUUCUCUAGAAAGUUCUCCAUUUUACCUCAUUAUCUCAUUUUCUCAUCCUACGGAUCACAGCUGCUUCCUCAGGGAAGUCCAUACAAUUCCAAAUUUUGACUACCACCCUUUCAUCCCAUCUUACACACUUUCACUGUACCUUGGAAAUUUACUUCAGGGCACUCAUCCUAGUUUGUAUUUAUAUAUCUGUGAGGUUAGUGAGUUAAUAUUGGUCUCCCCAUUCCGUGAGGCCAGUAAUCACGAUGCUUUGCUUAUCUUUGUAUUCCCUUGCUUAGCACCUUGUUUAGCACAUUGCUUCCAGAGACCAGCACUCAAUAAAUAUGUGUUUAAUGAAUGCAGAAACUGGCCUAUUUUGGCCUUUCCAACUAGGGAGCUAUCUCUCACUUCAGAUCAAGCUUCCCAACCCCAUUAGUUGUGCUCUCAAUUCAUCAGUUCAAUUAAAGUCUUAUAAUUUCCUUAAGCCUUUGAGUAUUUCCACAAGGGCUCCCUGGCUCUGGUUCUGCUAUCAGCCUCCCCUCAGAGCCUGGUCAGGGUUGCCAUAAUGAUUUCCGAUGACCCAUUGGUCCAGCGACAGACACUGGUGAAGGAUCCUGGGCCAAAUGGUGGCAGAGCAAACAAUAUCAGGAGUAAUUUAGUCCAUUUUGUUGCCUGCAGGUGGGACAUUCCCAAGCCAUUCAGGCUCAAUAGAAUCUUUUCCAUUUAAAUUCUCUCCUGCUACAAGAAAUACUAAAGAGAGUGCUACAGACUGAUAGGAAAAGACAGUAGAGAGAGGUUUGGAGAAGAGUGUAGAAAUGAAGAUUAUCAGGAAGGGUAAAAGGAGAGAGAGGAAAAAAUAAGA